UGGUAUUAUCUACAGUUCUUUCUUUUUUCUUCUGGAUGUUGCAAUAUUAUGUAUGAUCAAACCAUUCUUGUUGCUCAGCAGUUUACCUGACUAAGAGUAAGAUGCACCUAUUGCAAGGUAGAAGCAUAGAGGAAUAUGAUGGAUCUAGAUUUGAUUUGAUUCUUAAAAACACAGUUACCAACAUUAACAUUUUUUUCCUUUUUCUUUAUAUUCCACAAGGUCUUGGAUCUCUUUUCCUUUUUUGUAAUUUUUUUUCUUUGAGGUUUGUUAUAAUUGGGCUGUAGAUUACAGAUAAUUAAUUUGCACGAAUUUUAUUAACAGAUGGAGAGUUGUGGAAUUAGAGGGAGCUUUUGCUUGUAAAAUAGAGUUGCAUAUCUUCAUACCAUUUAGCAUAAUGAUUCUCUGCAUCUUCAUAUCGUAUAAAAUGUAGUUGCAUAUCAUCUUUUACUGAUUUUUCCUCUGGGGUCUUAAGUUCAUAUAUAAAAUUGUGAUCCACUAAAGAACAAUUUGUAUUGAAGAUAUAUAUAUAUAUAUAUAUAUAUAUAUAUAUAUAUAUAUAUACACACACACACACACAAAGUCAUAAGUCCCAACUAUUUGGGGUCGGAUACAUGGAUUUUUUGUCGCCAUUGAGAUCGAUAAAAAGUCAUAUCUUUAGUUAGAUUCAUUGUACUUAAUCUUUGUUUAUAAUUUCUAUUAAAGUUUUUUUAGGUCUUUCUCUAUCUCUCCUCGUAUUACUAAUAUUAAUUAUUUCAUCUCUUCAUACUAUCGCAUUUGAAAGUCUCCUUAGCACAUGCUCAUACCAUCUUAAAUGAUUUGUUCUCAUUUUAUCAUUUAUCGAAUCGAUACAAAGUUGUACAUAAAUAAAAAUAUUUCUUUUGUCAUCUUUCCUAGUGACUCCAAACAUCUAUCUCAACAUUCUUAUCUCGGCAACAUAAAUUUUUUGUAUAUGUUUUUUCUUAAUCUAUAACACUCAAAUUCAUAAAACAUUAUUAGUCUCACAAUUGUCUUAUAAAAUUUUUCUUUUAAUCUUUAAGGUAUCCGAUGUUCACAUAGGACUUUUGACGCUCCUUACCAUUUUAACCAUCCUGUGUUUACUCUAUGAAUAAUAUCUUCAUCGAUCUAUUCAUCUUGUUGAAUAUUUGAUCCAAGAUACCUAAGGCUUUUGCUUAAUGGCAUUUCUUGUCCUCCAAUUUAACUAUAUUCUCUUGUCUAUUUCUAGAAUACUAAAAUUAUAUUUUAUAUAUUCAGUUUUAGUCCUACUUAAUCUAAAACCUUUAGUUUCCAAGGCUUGCCUUCAUAUCUCAUGUUUAUUAUUAAUUUCACUUAGUUUCUCAUUAACUAAAAUGAUAUCAUCAAUAAAUAACAUACACCGGAAAGGUCUAUCAUGUAAGUGAUUGGUAAGUUCAUCCAUUGUCAAUGUGAAAAGGUAGGUAUUUAAUGUGGAUCCUUGAUGUAAUCCUAUGCUAAUAGGAAACUCACUAGACACACUUCCUAUUGUUCUAACACUCAGUGAUUGCAAAAGGCGCUCGGGCGCUCGCCUAGGCGCUCGGGCGAGGCGAGGCGAGGCCCGAGCGCCUCGCUAAUGUCCCAGGCGGCGCGCUUCAAACAGGCGCCGCCUGGGCGCUCGCCCGAGCCCAGGCGCUAGGCGCUUCGGGCGAGCGCCUGGGUAAACCAAGGCGACCGAACCAGAAUUUUAGGUCUGGUUCGGUCCUGGUUCGGUUAUUAGUUGGUUCAAUCGAACCAACUAAACCGAUAUAACCCCAACCCUAACCCUAACCCUAACCCAACACUAACCUGCUGCCGCUGCCGCUCUCGAUCCCGAUCCCGAUCCCGAUCGCGAUCUCGUCGCUCGCUGCCGCUGCUCGCCAGUGUCACUGCUCGCGCCUCCCGCGAGCCUUCCCGCAGUUCGCGCCUCCCGCGAGCCCUCUCGCUGCUCGCGCCUCCUGUGAGCCCUCUCGCUGCUCGCGCCUCCCGCGAGCCCUCUCGCCUCCUGCGAGCCGUCCCGCGAGCCUUCCCGCUGCUCGCGCCUCCCUCGAGGCCUCCCACUGCUCGCGCCUUCCUCUCCCUUUCCCUUUCCCGCUGCCGCUGCCGCCGCUCGCCGCUGCUGUUGUUGCUGCCGCUCGCCGCCGCUGCUGCCGUCGCCGCUCCCACUCGCUGCUGCUUCCUCGUUUCUCCAUCAGGCUCAGUAAAAUAAUUAAGUUUAUUUGAAUUUUAAAAUAAUUAAUUUUCUGUUAAUAGAUUAAUAAUAUAUUAUUUUGAUUUUAAUGUUAUUAAUUUUUAUUUAUUUGAAAUUAUUGUUAGGUUUCAACAUAAAUGGCAAGUGCAGAAAGCAACUCAAUAGAGUCUCCAGUGGUAUCAAAAAAAGAUCCUGCAUGGAAGUAUAAUUAUUUGAAGGAUCCGAAAGAUCCUAAUGCAGUGACUUGCAUAUUCUGUGAUAAGACUACCAGAGGUGGUAUUUUUCGUGCAAAACAACAUCUAGUAGGAAAUUUCAAGAAUGCAGCAGCUUGCAAAAAAUGUCCACAUGAGGUAAAAGAAGAGUUGCUGAAUUAUAUGAAUGAAAAGAAGACACAAAAGAAUGAAUCUUAUGGGAAUUUACCAGAAGACAAUGUUGAACAUAUCAGAGAUGAAGAAGAAGAUUAUUCUGCGAGUAUUAACCCAAGUGAAAAAAGAGUAUACGACAAAAAGGGAAAAGAAGUUAUGAGUACUAAGAAAGGUAGAAAAGGACCGAUGGAUCUAUAUAUGCUUCAAGGAUCCCAGAAACAACAAGGGCAAGCAGGAGGCUCAAAAUUGAGACAAACAAAUAUAAGUGAUGCUUGUGAUAAAGAAAUAAGAGGAAGAACAAUUCAGCACAUUGCUCGCUUCUUUUAUCAGGCUGGUCUUCCCCUUAGUACAACUCGUUUAGACAGUUUUAAGGAUAUGAUUGAAGCUAUUGGAAGAUAUGGUGCAGGAUUAAAACCUCCAAGUUAUUAUGAGAUGCGAGUUUCAUUGCUGCAAAAAGAGUUGAAUUAUACAAAUGACUUACUAAAGGGUCAUAAAGAAUCAUGGGCAACACAUGGUUGCUCUAUUAUGUCAGAUGUUUGGACUGACAGGAGGCGCAGGAGUAUAAUUAAUUUUAUGGUUAAUUGUUCUUUAGGGACUAUGUUUGUGAAGUCAAUAGAUGCUUCAUCUUUUGUAAAAUCUGGAGACAAGAUAUAUGAUUUACUUGACAACUUCGUGGAAGAAAUUGGAGAACAAAAUAUCGUUCAAAUCAUAACCGACAAUGGAAGCAACUAUGUUUUAGCUGGUAAUAUUCAUCUUUUGAUUUUGUUAAUUAUUUUAUCUUUAAUUAAGUGUGUUAAACUCUUAAGUCUUAUCAUUUUUGUUAUCCUUUGUCUCAGGUAAAUUGCUUGAAUCAAAAAGACAACACUUGUAUUGGACUCCAUGUGCAGCACAUUGUAUUGAUUUAAUGUUGGAAGAUAUUGGAAAGAUCUUAGAAAUCAAGAAAACCUUAGAAAGGGCAAUUUUUGUUGUUGGGUUUCUUUAUAAUCACAUUGGGGCUUUGAAUAUGAUGAGAGAAUUUACAGGGAAUAAAGAAUUAGUGAGACAUGGUGUUACCCGAUUUGCUACUUCAUUCUUGACAUUACAGAGCGUGCAUCGUCAAAAACAUACUCUGAGAAAUAUGUUUACCUCUGAGAAAUGGGUGACAAGCAAAUGGGCAAAAGAAGCAAAAGGCAAGAGGGCAAGAGGGCUGCUGAUAUCAUCUUAAUGUCAUCCUUUUGGAAUCAUGUAGUUUAUAUAUUAAAGGUAAUGGGCCCUCUUGUUCGAGUCCUUCGGUUGGUGGAUAAUGAAAAUAAGCCUGCAAUGGGAUAUAUUUAUGAGGCUAUGGAUAGAGCAAAGGAGACGAUUAAAAGAUCUUUUAAUGAAAAUGAAGAAAAAUAUGAGAAAAUUUUUACAAUCAUUGACGAAAGAUGGAAUUGUCAACUUCAUCGUCCCUUACAUGCAGCAGGAUAUUAUUUGAACCCUGAAUUCUUUUAUAAGAUUAAAUCUGUUAGAUUUGAUGCAGAAGUUUUGAGUGGGUUAUAUCAGUGUGUUGCAAGAUUAGUUCCCAGCAUUGAGGUUCAAGAUAAGAUUAUUCAUGAAUUAUCUUUAUAUAAAAAUGCUGAAGGUCUUUUUGGAAUUCCAAUUGCCGUUCGAUCCAGGACAACUACCUCUCCAGCUGAAUGGUGGAGUCUAUUUGGAAAUUCCAUCCCGAACUUACAGAAAUUUGCUGUCAAAGUACUUAGUUUGACAUGUAGUGCUUCGGGUUGUGAGCGAAACUGGAGUGUCUUUGAGCAUAUUCACUCGAAGAGAAGAAAUCGGUUAGAACAUCAACGAUUGCACGAUCUUGUUUACAUAAAGUAUAAUCAAGCUUUGAAGACUCGUCAUGAUUUGAAAAAUAGAUUUGAUUCAAUCUCAUUGCAAGAUAUUGAUGAUUCAAAUGAGUGGUUAGUAGGAGAAAUGAGUGCUAACUUGCAAGAUGCUGAAGACGAGCUUGUAUUUGAAGAUGAUAGAUUGACGUGGGGAGAUGUGGCAAGAGCUUCAGGUGCUGGAGAAUUACAAACAUAUACAAGACAGAUGUCAAAGAGAAAAAUGAGUGCAAAAGCAUCAAGCUCGGCUCCUGCUAUUGUUGAAGACAUAGAGAAUGAAACAUAUCUUGAUGAAGAGGAAGGAAUCGAAGAACAAGAGGAAGAAGACGAAUUCAAUGAAGAUGAUUUGUGUGAAAAUGACGAUAAUAUUGAUUAUGAUGAAUGACUUUGAUGUAAAAUUUUAAUGUUUUGAAUUUUGAAACUUUUUGUUAAUGUGACA